GGAAGCCGCGCGGGGGUAUACUUGGAGGCUCGUUCACGCACAGCGCUACGACUGUACAAGACAACAAAUGCUCGAAUAAUGAAAACUGAAAACUCGUUAGUGAAUGCAUAGUCAUAGUGCUAUUCGUAUGAUCCAAAAGUUCAUGUUGCAUACGGACCAACUACGCUCCGUGAAAAGGAAAUCGAGGUCUUAACCGAGUGCCCAGUUAGACUUGAAAGCGCUCUGAGCUCUGGACGAUUUUUGUGUUAUGCAAGUCCGUUGUGAUUCUUUCGAGUGUAUUUUCGUUUCUUGAGGUGCAUUUUCUAUGCGGCUCCCGGACGUGAAGAAAACAUAUUCUUGGCUUCAGGAGGUCGGGAGCUUUGUAGUUUCAGAAGGCACAAGUGACUGAGAGGACACACUGCUUGUGUUGGGUGCUACACGAGACUGGACACGGAACGCGAGAGAGGAAGAAAAAAAGACUCUCCAAGGAUGACUCUGGGGACGGACAUGUCGGACAGUUCUGCUCUGUCCGACGACGUGGACAUCGAUGUCGUUGGUGGGGAUAUUGUAAAAGAGGGUAAAUAUCUUCACCACCAUCAUAGUUUUCACUUGGACAAUGACUCCGAUGACAAUCUAUCCCAGAAUGCGGGGGAGGGCGCAAUCUCUCCGGGCCAAAGCAGUUUGGACUGUCCGGCCGACCGGGUCGGGCCACGGGAUGACAGCAGAACCGGUACGUUAACUGGGGAUAAACCAGGGAAAAAUGCAUUGGUGAAACCCCCUUAUUCCUAUAUAGCCCUGAUAACCAUGGCUAUCCUGCAGAGCCCGAAGAAACGUUUGACUCUCAGCGAGAUCUGCGAGUUCAUCAGCAACAGGUUCCCAUAUUACCGGGAGAAAUUCCCCGCGUGGCAAAACUCUAUCCGUCACAACCUGUCACUGAACGAUUGCUUUGUCAAAAUACCCCGCGAACCCGGUAACCCGGGCAAAGGCAAUUACUGGACCCUCGACCCAGAGUCCGCCGACAUGUUUGACAAUGGGAGUUUUCUGCGCAGAAGGAAGCGCUUCAAAAGACACCAGACCAACGAGAUCCUCAGGGACGCGGGGGGAUUUCUACCUGGCUUUGGCUACGGACCUUACGGUUACAAUUACGGCCUACAGCUGCAAAAUUUCCACGCGCAUCACCCCUAUCACCCACACCACCCGGGAGGCGCGUUUCCUUUCCAAAACGCACCGUGUGCUCUCCCGACGCCUUCCUCGAUAUUCUCCACGCCACACAGCUUGCCUUCGUUUUUAGGGACCGAGCUGAGAAAGCCUUUCUAUCCUCAACUCAGCCCGACUCUUCCUGGUCUGGCGCCUCUCAAGACGGACACUAAUGGUCCAAGUCGGCCUUCCUUCUCUAUAGACAAUAUAAUUGGUGCGGCCAGCUCACCGGCUUCGCCGUACACCACACAACCGGGUGGACAGGCUCAGAUCUUGGCCAUGCUGACUCCCACACUUGCUUCGGCCACGAACCACUUGAAUCUAACGCAGGAAACGAUGCUUCAGCCCGGCACACAGACUUUCUCGAGCAAAACGACAAGCCUUAACAAUUGCCAUUUCUAGAGUGGCAGCAAAUAGAAAGUGCAGCAGUCCAGUUUAAUAUGGUUGUUUCGUCAUUUGCUAAGGUAGGAUUUACACUUUUGCAAGAUUAAAAUGCCGCCCGUUUCAUGUUUCUGAAUUCUUAAAUAAAAGGCUAAUUAAGUAUAUUUAUGAACUGUAAAUAUGUAAGAUUUUGAAGAGAGAAACAGGCUGAAGAGAGGAAAUUAAAGACCAUGUAAAUAGUAAGCUAAGAUUUCACCUUUGGACGGCCAGUGGACCUUUGCCGUUUUGUCCAGAAAGUCAAAUAGUUUGUACUCAUUGACAUGGAAUUUCCUCUUUUGGUUGACUUAAAUGAAGAUUGUUUUAAUUAUUUUAUUGUUUUGUAUAUUUUGUGAGUUUGUGAAAAGCACUGUCAAUACCGAGACUUAAAACUCAGGAUUUUACUUGUUUUGAAAGCACAUUGCCAGAGACAAUAGGGGCUGUAAAUAGAAUACAUAGGUUAACGUCCCACUUCCCCUAUAUAGUUCUCUCAACAGAAGUGUUCUGGUGAAUUUUAUUCUUAUUUUAUUUCUGUUGAUAGAUGAUUAUGUGGUUCUUGGUGUAAAUCGCAUUACCUCUUUCUGUCUGACUCUUGUUAAUACAUAUUUCAUUAUUCCAUUGAAAAAUUAUCUGUGAAAAGAAUGUUGUUAUAUGUAAAGAGACAAAACAAUGUCCAUAGGUCAUUUUUUUGUUGUAAUGGCAAGACAAUAAAUGU